ACAGCCGUCCGUCAAAACACAUCGUUGCAAUGCGGCCCUCUCAAUCCAAUCAGCGUUCGAAGCUGGCCGGUAGGCAAUGACAAGACAAGAGCGCCGUGCAGCUCAUGUGCUCGGUAACUCUCUUUGUCCUGGCUUGUGAACGAGCCUGUCUGGCUUCCAUGCCCAGAUCGUUAUGUCGGCAGUAUGCAGAUCAUUUGUCACGGUCGAGCAACCGAUUUGUCGUAGAGUGCGAGAGGAAUCAACAUCUGUCUAGCCUCCUCGUCUUCUUUCACUACAUGUCAAGCGCCGUUCAAGACAUACUUUGCUAUAAGGACUGUGUAGAAACUGAAGCUCUCUGAAUCUGUUGUCUCGCGCCCUUGUCAAGCCUGCUUUUUCAACGACUCCAAGGAAUUGUAAUCACACAAUGCGCUUCCUCUUUGUUGCGUUGACCUGUAUCGUCAGUCUAGUAGGAGCGCAAGUCGCGUCACCACCAGAAUGCGGCGUCAACACAAUCAUCAGCGCAAUAUCGUCGUCCGGUUGCUCGAUCACAGACGCGAGCUGUCUAUGCAAAAACACGAAGGUCAUCGAUAACAUUAAGAAAGAGCUGCCCAAGAAAUGUACAAACCCUUCGGAUCAAGAAACAUACGCGACGUUUUUCAACCUUCAGUGCUCAGGCUAUCCAGGGUUUCCCCUCAACUUCACUCAGGAUGCACAAUCAAGCGACGCGAAGGCGAACAGGGCGAGAUUAGGGUUUUUGGCGGUGGCAGCAGGUGUGGCUUUGUUUUGAAGCUCCUUCCGUUCACCUAGUGAAUACACAUUGCAGGCGUAUUGGUUAGGCGUUUGGGCUGUUUUCUCGAAUCACUGCACCUCAAGGAUGGCAUAUCAACUCCUGGUGCAUGAUGCACGCCAAUGAAUUAAAAGUGGUCAUUCGGAAGACGCUGUCUUCUUAAUGCUGAAUUGCAUUGGGAUCAUAGGCAUAUGAUCUAUAAUCUUGCACAUCUAAGCGCACCUAGAUAAGAAAUCUUGAAGCACUAUCAAGGCUUCACAAGAGAAUUU